UCCACCAUCAACUGAAAAUGGCAAAGCUCAUACCUACAGUAGCUCUCAUCAGCAUUCUCCUAAUCGUCAUAGCCGACGCAUCUUCCGGCCGCAGAACCAUCAUCACCACCGUCGAGAUCGACGAAACCAACCCAACAGGAAGAGAAGGGCAAUGCCGUGAGGAAGUCGAGAGACAGGACUUAAACUCCUGCGUGCAGUAUAUGAGACAAUUAAAGUCAGGGAAAUCCGAAGAAAAACAGCAGCUCCAGCAGUGCUGCAGUCGACUGAAGCAAGUGCGAGAUGAAUGCCAAUGUCCGGCGGUUGAGUCUGCUUAUCAGGAAAUGCGGGGAGAGGUGAUGAGACAUCAAUGGCCGAGAGUGAUUACUGGGGUCAGAGGCCUUCCGUCUACUUGUGGGCUGAGCGAAGAGGACUGUGACAUCGAAUCUUAAUCUGAAUGGUUAAGUUAUAAAUAAAUAAAUGAAGUAGCUAGGACCAUUCACCAUAAGCUUAUGGUUCUUCUGUGACUGAUUUGUGCGUGAUCUUGUAAAACUAUGCACGUCAAAGUAUGUUUUGUAGUGUAUAAUGGGAAUACUGUGAAGAAAUGAAUUAUGUCUUUUCUGUGUAUUGUUUUUUUAGUUUUUAGUAGUUAACACAUACUGCCCAGAAACGUACAUAACAGUAACAGUCCUGAUUUCAUCCUCCACUAG